CUUUUAUUCAUUACAGAUCAUGUGAUGUGAAUAAAAAUAGACAGUGUCACAUGACUUGAUCUUGUGACAGGAUGCAAAAUGGAUGACCGAGGGAAAUCAAAUGUGAAAACGUUUUAUUUCAUUUGUUUGCUUAUAUGUUUUUGCCUUUGUGAUGAUGGCAAAGAUCCUAAGAAUGUAUGUAAGCAUGUUCCACAGAAGAAAAUCAAUACUGCCUUUCUGUCUGUGAUAACACAUGGCCACAAUAGUCAAAAUGUGACUGUCAACUUAAACACCAUUACAUCAGAAUGUUAUACUUGUGAUCUACAACUGACAGCUCUGAUAGAUACACAUCAUAACAUGUGUACUGUUCUUGUUGAUACACGGUGGAAAAUGAAAGUCAGCAUCAGUUCUAAACAUAAAAACGUCAAUGUAUCGUCUAGCUGUGGUGUGGAUCGUUUAAGUAAUUGGUUUAUAGAAGGUGGAAACUACAGUAUAAUUGUCAUGAUUGAUGGUUUGAAGGUACAAUGUGACAAACUUGUUAGACAAAAUGAUCCUUGGGAUAGUAAUAUACCUAUUUAUGUUGCCAUAGGAUCAUUUGUUGGUUUGAUUCUACUGUGGUGGUUUCUGAAAUAUUUGUACAGGACCCAUUUGUUACGGAGGCUCCAGUCAUAUUUCCGAUCAGAUAAUGCUGCAUUUAUUGAUCCUGUUGCUAAAGGGAAUGCAAUCAAGGGAGAUUUUGAUGCUAUUAAGGAAAUUGAAAAGCCCAUCUCCCUAACUAAAGGGUAUAAUCUGCGUAGAAGAAAAAAUGCAAAAUCAAUAUUGGUUCCAUCAAAGAAUGAUUAUGCGGAGCAAGAUCUUGGAGUGCCAACUAACACAUCAGAAGAAGAUGCUUUAAGACCAAGAAAAGAGAGACUAAAAUCACUGGAUACUUUCAGAGGAUUAAGUUUGGUGAUAAUGUGUUUUGUGAAUUAUGGUGGCGGUCAAUAUUGGUUCUUUGAUCACUCAGACUGGAAUGGAAUUACAGUAGCUGACUUGGUUAUGCCCUGGUUUGUUUGGAUUAUGGGGACUGCCAUGGCUUACUCCUUUCACUCCCAGCUUCGUAGAUCUACACCAAAAACAAGAAUGUUCUGGAAAAUAUUUAAAAGGUCCUGCAUUUUGUUUCUUCUUGGGUUGCUGAUCAAUUCUUCUGAUGGACUUAACCCUGUAAGAAUGCGAGAGUUCAGAAUACCAGGUGUUCUACAGAGAUUUGCUGGUACCUAUCUUAUUGUAGCUACACUUCAUAUGUUCUUUGCUAAACCAAAUGAUCCAAAUCAGUACACAUGGUGGAGCCCUAUUCGAGACAUCACUGACUACUGGUUUGAAUGGUUGUUCAACAUUAUACUGGUUACAAUAUGGUUGGCAAUCACCUUUGGUCUACCUGUACCUGGGUGUCCUAGGGGGUAUUUAGGCCCAGGUGGUCUAGCUAAUGAUGGAGAUGGUAAGAAUGUUUCAUUGUGCACUGGUGGCGCAGCAUCGUACAUUGACAGGACAAUUUUCGGCGAAGGCAGAAUAUAUCAAUCACCAACUUGCAAGGAAAUAUACCACUCAACAGUACCACAUGAUCCAGAGGGACUUCUUGGCAUACUCACUUCCUGUUUUAUGUGCUUUCUAGGUCUGCAGGCAGGCAAAAUUUUACGUACAUUUCCUGAUUGGAAGGCUAGAGUCAAGAGAUUUAUAAUAUGGGGAAUUAUUUUAGGAGUUAUAGCUGUUGCUCUCUGUAAAGGGGAGAAAAAUGGUGGAUAUAUACCAAUCAACAAAAAUCUCUGGUCACUGUCGUUUGUGAUAUGUUUGUCAUGUUUUGCAUUUUUCCUGUUUACCUUUUGCUAUAUUACUAUUGAUGUGUAUCAGAUAUGGUCUGGGGCACCAUUCUACUACCCAGGUAUGAAUGCCAUUUUAUUGUACCUAGGACAUGAGAUUAUCAACCAACCAUUCCGGACAUUCUGGGGUAUAAAACCUAAUUCUCACAUGGUGUAUUUACCAAUCAACAUUUGGGAUACCGCAGUCUGGAUAAUACUGUCUUACUUCUUGUACUACAAGGAAAUCUUCUUUUCUGUAUGAAUCUACAACUGUUGUAUCAAAAAAGGAAUCUUUACAUGUGAAGAAGAUGUUUGGACAGCGAUUUUAACAAUUUACUUUCCAUGUUUUUAAUGGAGAUUAAUCUUUGGACUUGGUGAAUUGGACUGACCCUGUCUGGAAAGGGAGAUGUCAAUAUUAAUUCUAAAGAAUGCUUAUUAGUUAUUUAUUAAGCUAUAGCAUUAUUGUUGUUCAAAGAUGUUCAGAGGUUUAUAAUAUACUUGAGGCAGAAUUGUUAUAUAUAAUAAUAAAGGUAGCUAUUUUAUAUGUAAUGUUAACAGCUUCAUAAAGUGACUAUCAAAUCUUUAUAUAUAUUUAUAAACAACUUUUUAUUAAACUACCUUCAGUUUCUGCAAUCAAGACUGGAAAAGUGUAUAUACAGUUAACUGUAAAUUGUCAUCAGUAUAUCUUAUUGUGUACUAGUCAGUGUUUUAGCCCUAUGCAUCACUUUACAAAUUAAUCAAGUUUGCAUAUUCCCAGUUUUACUAUAUGCUUUAACCGAGUGAUGUGCAUCAUUCAUUGGGGAUAUCAAGUCAUUAAACCUGCAUAUUUUACAGUUUUGAUUAUCUGAUUUAAAAUAUUUUGAAUGACCAGUUAUAUUGUCCAAAUUGGUAAGUACAUUUAAGAUAUUUAGCUUGGUAAAGGUUUAAAUACUAGAUAGUAGGGUUCAUUAAAUACUUAUCAUCUUAUGCAUGCAAAUCUUUUAGUUCAACCUAGGGUUUGUUCCUUAUGUCAUGUUGAAUUUUUCUUUUGUGUAACUUACUAAGGUUUGAAUAUUCUGUAAGGUUGCUUUUUUUCUUUUUGAUAUAUUUUUCUAUAUGAUAAAGGCUUGGAUACCGGUGAUUUACUUAUCUUAAUGCAUGCAAAUCUUUUAGUUCAAUGUAGGGUUGAAAUAACGUUUGUAUUUGUCAUGUUGAUUUUUUUGUUUGGUUUAAAUAUUCUGUAUGGUUGCUUUAUCUCUUUUGAUAUAUUUUUAUAUAAUAAAGGCUUGAAUAUUUUUAAGGUUGACCUUUGUAUAAGUAACAUACAAAAAAUAAGGGUUUUAAUAUUUUGAUAGGUUGAUCUUUUACUUUUUUUCUUUAACCUAAAUUGUUUUUCCUACUUGUUAAAUGUUGAAGAGUUUGUAAGAUUGUAAUUUUUCUGUUUUCUUUUUUUUUGAUAAUUUAAAUGUUUACAUUUUUUUCCACUGAAUUUUGUCAGAUUUCAUUUUAAAGGUACUGUACUGCUAGCUGCAUUUUUUGUCUGAAUUUAAACAUGUCAAAAUUUUACAUUUAAUUUCCAUAAAAUAUAUAUAAUGAAUGCUGUGCAAAACUUGCUCUACUAAGUGAUCAUAAUUAACGAUUCUUUCGCCAUUUUAUAUAUGAUUGCAUAGUUGGGUAAAUUUUAACAGUACCUUUUACAUAAAUACUUUGAAAUAGAAAGAGUCAAUUUGCUUUGUUUGCUAUCACAAAAUGGAUUAUAAUUGAUAGUUUUUUAUUGAUAUUAGAUAACUUUAGUUCGGUCAAAAAUGAUAACUUUAUUUUGGUCAAAAAGUCAGUUAUCAAAUAGAUAUCUGACAAAAAGAAUCAUUACAACUUAUUUUUUUCUAUUACUACAAUUGAUAAAGAGAUGAAUGUUUCAUUUACAUUAGUUUUCUGUUACAAAUGGAAGGAAGAUUGCUGCUUUUGAUACCUUAAAAUUGCCACAAUGUGGCAUGGCAAAUCUGAAAGCUUAAUACAAAAUAUAAAAUGUUUGAAUAUUUUAUUAAACUAUGCUUAUUAUUUUUCAUCAAGUAUUUACAUCUUAACAUUAAAAAGUUGUUAUUAAUUAAAUUAAUAAAAUUGUUUGCAUUAUGUAAAUUAUAUAUAAUGGAGAUGUACAUUUUGUUAAUAAAAUAAUCUUUAAAAGAA